UAGGCAACUAGCCUUCCAAUCCAACCACCACCAACAAUCUCGGAACCCAAUCACAGAACUAUACACCACCCACAUUUGAAAAUUUUCCAUUAAAACAUCCAAGAAAUCCCAACAAAAGAAAAAAGAAGAAGAAAACACCAUGAAAGCCGCCAAUUCUUCUCCAAAUUCAAAAACCAUUCUUCCUGAAAAUGAAAAACAAGAAGCGGUACAAGAACCUCCAAUGUUUAGCACCACCAAGAUCAAAAGCAAAAGACUAUCAUUCAUCCCUUUAGUUUUCCUCAUUUACUUUCAAGUCUCUGGUGGCCCUUAUGGCACAGAGUCCAUUGUUGGCUCUGGGGGGCCUUUCUUUGCCAUCCUUGGCUUUCUACUCUUCCCAGUCAUUUGGAGCAUCCCUGAGGCCCUUGUCACUGCUGAGUUGGCCACGGCCUUUCCCGGCAAUGGUGGCUUUGUCAUAUGGACUCACCAAGCCUUCGGUCCCUUCUGGGGCUUCCUUGUUGGUUUCUGGAAGUUUCUUAGUGCUGUCAUAAACUUAUCUUCCUACCCUGUUCUCUGUAUAGACUACAUUGAUCCAAUACUGCCAACUUCCUUCUCACCCUUGCCUCACUAUUUAGUUAUCUCUGUUUCAACCAUGUUGCUCUCUGUUCUCAACUUCAUUGGUUUGCCUACUGUAGGCUAUGCUGCAAUAUCUUUGGGGGUUUUGUCAUACUUGCCAUUCUUAGUAAUUUCUGUUUUUGCAAUUCCCAAGAUUGAUCCUAGCAAUUGGGCUGUUUUAGGCCAGAAGGGUAGGAAAAAAGAAUGGCCAUUGUUCUUCAAUUCCCUGUUUUGGAACUUGAAUUGUUGGGACAAUGUAAGUACUUUAGUUGUAGAGGGUGUUAAGAAACCCUCCAAGACAUUACCAAAAGCAUUUCUCUCAGCUGGGUUGUUGACUUGCUUGACUUCUUUGAUACCCAUGCUGGCUGCAACUGGGGCUAUGUCCCUUGACCUAGAUGACUGGGUUGAUGGGUUUUACACAGUUGUUGGAGAAAAAAUUGUGGGGAAAAGGUUCAAAAAAUGGGUUAGGAUUGGAGCCUUUUUAUCUGGCAUUGGUGUGUAUCAGUCCCAAUUGAGCAGCUGUUCAUACCAGCUUUCUGGCAUGGCUGAAUUAGGCUUGUUACCGAAACUUUUCGGUGUGCGGUCCAAACGGUUCAAUACACCCUGGUUGGGAAUUAUGAUCCCAACAGUGAUAUCAGUCCUGGUUUCUUACAUGAAUUUCAGGCAUGUCACAUCCUUGGUGAAUGUUUUAAACAGUCUGGGCAUGCUAGUCGAAUUUUCAGCUUUUAUUUGGUUGAGGGUGAAGUUUCCAGCUGUGGAGAGGCCCUUUAAAAUUCCAAUUACCAGGCUGAGGUGGUUGAUAGCAGUGUUGUUCAUUCCAUUUGGGUUUUUGGUGUACGUAAUUUGUGUUGGCACAAAAAUUAUAUACUUGGUGAUUGCUGUGCUGACUGCGGUUGGGAUCAUUUGGUACUUCUGCAUGAAGAUUUUCCAAGCUGCAAUGUGGCUUGACUUCAACCAUGUUGUGAAAAAGCUAGCAGAUUAUGAAGACUUUGGGGGCUAUUAUGAACGAAUUCUGAAAUAAGGUCGUUUUCAGUCACAUCCAUAUUUUGCAAUUGUUAUUGUGAAGAAGAUCAAAUCAAAUGUUUAUUUGAUUUGAUGGAUCAAACGUGGCUGACUGGAUGUACAUUUUAGUAAAGUUGUCGAGUUUGACGUAGUAGUAUUAUUCCUUGUUCCUAUGUAUAAGUUAUCAAAAAAAUAAAGUAAGAUGCAUUUUUAUUUUAUGAGUAAGAUCAAUGAUUACGUAUCCAUAAUUAUUUGAUGU